AGAAAUAUUAACUUGCAAAUAAAUGAGUAGCAUUACUAUUGUCGACGAUAUAUGUAUAUGAGACUUGAGUAGCGUAGUACGGUUAGUUACGGGAAAAGACCAAUUUUCCAUCAGAGCAUUAGUUGAAUUUUUAGCCAUGCGCGGAUAGAUCCUGUUUCGUGCGCAACUGUAGCUAUAUUACGUGCACAAGUUAAUUUUCCCAUCGAAGGGGGUUAUUAUCCCGGUGAGAACUUGGGAAAGUGCAUAACUCGAACGACUCGAUCUGACUCAAUAUUCCCGUCAAAAGUGGCUUUGCUACCCCGAUUCGCUUUAAAAAAGAAAGGCGGCAAGAGUUGGGAGCAAGAGGGGUUAAACCAUAAACGCGCAUCAUGGCUACAACCGCAAAACCAUUUGACAGAGCCGCUCUUGAACAGCUUUGCACCAAACGCUUCUUCUUUGCACCAGCAUUUGCAAUUUAUGGCGGUGUUGCCGGUUUCUACGAUUAUGGACCGACCGGUUGUGCUUUAAUGAACAACAUUAUUUCCGUCUGGCGCAACCAUUUCGUGCUGGAGGAAGAAAUGCUUGAGCUGGACACGACCAUCAUGAACACGUACGAUGUCCUCAAGACCUCUGGCCACGUUGACAAGUUCGCCGACUGGAUGUGCAAGGACUUGAAGAACGGUGAAAUCUUCCGUGCCGAUCACUUGGUCGAGGCUGUGUUGGAAGCUCGUCUUCAGGGCGAUCGUGAGGCUCGCGCCGCCAAGGAAGGUGCUGCUGCUGUCGAUGCUGCCAAGCAGGCUGGCGAGGCUGCUAAGAAGGAUAAGAAGAAAAAGAAGAAGGGUACCGUCGUUGCCGUUGAACUGAGCGAGGAAGAGCGCAAGACAUACGAAGAGAUUCUUGCUCAGAUCGACAACUAUGGUGGCCCAGAAUUGGCCCAGAUCAUUACUAAAUACAACAUCCGUUCGCCCGAGUCUGGUAACGAAUUGUCAAUGCCUCAAGAAUUCAACUUGAUGUUCGAGAGUCAAAUUGGUCCUACUGGCCAGCUCAAGGGUUUCUUGCGUCCCGAGACUGCCCAAGGUCAAUUCUUGAACUUCAAGAAGCUUUUAGAAUUCAACAACGACAAGAUGCCUUUUGCUUCUGCUCAGGUCGGCCGUGCUUUCCGUAACGAAAUCAGCCCUCGCUCUGGCUUGCUCCGUGUCCGUGAAUUUACCAUGGCCGAGAUCGAGCACUAUGUCGAUCCUGAAAACAAGAAUCACCCUGGCUACCAAGACGCUAAGGAUAUUGUCAUCACCUUGUUGCCCAAGGACGUUCAGUUGCAAGGCAAGACCGAGACUGUUGAAAUGUCCAUUGGCGACGCUGUCGAAAAGAAAAUCAUUGAUAACCAGACCUUGGGUUACUUUAUGGCUCGUAUCAAUGAAUUCUUACUUAAGAUUGGUAUCAAGCGUGAAAAGCUCCGUUUCCGCCAGCAUAUGGACAACGAAAUGGCCCAUUACGCUUGCGACUGCUGGGAUGCCGAAAUCAAGACGAGCUAUGGUUGGAUUGAAUGUGUUGGCUGUGCCGAUCGAUCUGCCUAUGACUUGACCGUCCACUCGGUGCGCACCAAGGAAAAGCUGGUGGUCCGUGAGCAAUUGGCCGAACCCCGCACUGUCCAAAAGUGGCAGGUCGAAAUCAACAAGAAGACCUUUGGUCCAAAGUACAAGAAGAACGCCAAGGCUGUCGAAGAGGCCAUCUUGAGCUACACUGACGAAUGCUUCGCUCAGCUUGAAAAGGAUCUCGAGUCUAAGGGCACCGCUAUCGUUGAGGCUGAUGGUCAGAAGUUUGAAGUUGCCAAGGAAGAUGUCAGCGUCAAGUUGGGCACCAUUACUGAGCACGUUCGUGAAUACACCCCCAACGUCAUCGAACCCUCGUUCGGUAUCGGUCGUAUCUUGUACUCUUUGCUCGAACACAGCUGGUGGGUCCGUGAAGAUGACGAAGCCCGUAACGUCUUGUCUUUCCCUCCUCUUGUCGCACCCUUCAAGUGCUGCAUUCUGCCUCUUUCCGGCAACGCUGAAUUCGAACCAUUCGUCAAGAAAUACUCGCGUGCCUUGCGCCAGAACGGCGUGUCUACGCGUACUGAUGAUAGCAAGGCAUCCAUUGGUCGUCGUUACUCUCGUAACGAUGAAUUGGGUAUUCCUUAUGCUAUCACUGUGGAUUUCCAGACUGUCCAGGAUAAUACCGUCACCCUCCGUUACCGUGAUUCGACCAAGCAGAUCCGUGACUCGUUUGAAAACAUUUUGAAGAUUUUCAAGGAAGAACAAUAAAUGUUCUUUCUUCCUUCUUCAUUUUGUCUUGUAGAUAACAAUAACAGAAAAAAUAGUUUGUUCGAUUUGAAUGAUUAACAAAUAUAUUUGUAUUUUGGGUUUUCUUCCUCUUAUUUUGUAUAAACAAAGAUUAAACAAAAGAUUUCUAUGUGUAAAUCUUC